AUGGAUCAAGCAGCGCAAGCGCAACAGCAGGCACAACAGCAGGCACAACAGCAGGCACAACAGCAGGCACAGCAACAAACACAAUUGCAGGCACAGCAACAAGCACAACAGCAAGCAGCGGCAGCUCAGCAAGCAGCCGCAGCCCAGGCAGCAGCACAGGCUGCCCAAGGAGUCCAGGCAGGUUCCGUCCAGCCGGGGCAAGUCUUUACAACCGAGCAAGUGGAUGUCAUUGUGCGGCAGCGUCUGGAACAGGCGCUUGGCAAUGUCUUCGGCAAGGUGCUUGGUGCAACAGAGAGGGCGGCCACAGCCGCCGAGCAGCAGGCAAAGGCUUCAAAGCAAGACCAUCUGGUCAAGGCGAUCAAGGUGGAUGUGUGGAAGCCGCAGAACAGAGAAGAAGAAGUGCGUACUUGGCGUGAUUGGUUCUUUCAGUUCUGCACGUGGCUUUAUGCAACCGACGGCGAUUAUGAGGAGGAGAUUUCCUUGAUAGAUCUCGACGAGGCCUGUGAUCAUGAUGUGAUGCCAGCCCCAGCCGUGGAAAGGAGCCAAAAGCUGUUUGGGGUGCUAUGUUCUUUGGUGCGAGGAAGGCCCCUUCUCAUUAUUCGGGGCCUCGAGAAGGACAAGAAUGGCUAUGAAGCGGUCAGGCUUUUGAAAAGAGAGAUGGAGCCCAAGGAGCGCAGCCGCAGCUUGGCUUUUGUCAAGCAGCUCGCCAGCUGGACCUUCAAGGAGAAUGCUGGCUUACAUGAACAACUUAUAGCCUACGAAGAAGCAAUCAGGAACUAUGAAGCCUCGAGUGGAAACAAGUUUCCCCCAGACCUGAUCGUUGCUACCGUUGUUGGGGGGCUCUCCGAGCCUCUCAAGUCGCAGGUGCAGCUCAAGCUUACCGACAAGACCGAGUACCACGACCUGCGUGAAUGGAUUCUCCAAUAUGAAAGCAUGAAUGCACCAUGGACGGCAUCAUUGAAGCCGUCCCCUUCUGCCUCAGCCAACCAAGGUGCUCAGCCAAUGGAGGUUGACCAGAUCAAGGGCAAGAAGGGAAAGGACAAAGGCGGCAAGAAAGGCAAGGACAAAGAUGGCAAAGGUGGAAAGCAUGGGAAAAAGGGCCACUGGGGAACCCAGUGGAACAGCUACUUCCCCGGAAAGGGCAAAGGAGAUGGUUCCUGGAAAGGCGGCGGCUGGUAUCAGCAGCCGGGCCAAGGAAAGAGCAAAGGCAAAGGGAAGAGCAAGGACGGCCGUGGGCAAAACCGUGCCCCUGGGACCUGCCACACGUGUGGCCAAGCCGGCCAUUGGAAGAAUGAGUGCCCACUGGCGGGAAAGGCCAAGGGCAAGGGCGCAAAGGUCCAGCAGAUUGACGACGGCACGGAGUCCACAGCCCCUUCUUCGGCAUCGACCGCGGCGCCUUCUACCUCUGCCACUGCUUAUCGCACACCGUCUGUGCGCCAAGUCAGCGUGGCACCGAUCAGCACUCCCCCUGGGUGCUCGGAGACGCUUAUCUUUAACAUAGCUGAAGAAGGCGACUUUGAAGAUUUUUCGCUCGACGGCCCGGGGGUGAUGGUCAUCAAGGUGUAUGCCCUUGACGCCACCGACCAUGAUGGCAAUUGGACGUUCUGCCCUGAGGUCUCCAGUCAGAUUUGCAUGGUUGCCGCCAGCCAGGCAGAAGAGGGCAUUGAGACUGAGGUUGUCGUUGAUUCUGGGGCUGACGUUUCAGUUGCCCCUUUGCGGUUCUGGCGGUCAGGGAAAGCAGCUCACUGGCAACAUGUGGCCAUGCAGGAUGCACAGGGAAGGCGCAUACGGGACCAUGGGGCAAGGACCUUGGAUGUUGUGGUCCAGAGCACCACCGGGCAGCCAGUGACUAUCAAGGAGAAGUUUGCGCUGGCCAACAUUGGCUCUGUGAUCCUCUCUUUGGGGAGGUUGUUGCGGGCAGGAUGGUGCCUCGGCCGGGAGUCCAAUGAGCAUAUUAUUUUCAAAGAUGGGUGCCGGAUUCCAAUCCGGCUGCGCCGGAACACUUUGGUGAUGUCGGCGGUGAUCUCUGUGAUUGCCACCUGCGACUCUGGAGCCCUUCCGCCUGAAAUGGAAGAUGUGGUGCAAAAGGAAGGCUGGGCAAUCUUGCCCUCAGGCUUGCCCGUCCUGGUGGCGCACAAUGUCGAUGAAGUGCCUCUUGGAGGUGAAGUGUGGGAACCCCAGGAUUGGGAUUCAAUGGCUUUGUUCGUGCGGAAAGAGCCUUCCCAAAGACGGCCUCAGCCUGGAGAUGUGUGGAUCCAGGUGCACACCGACAAGGUGGAGAACUUCCUCACCUUGCCGAGGAGGCUAGAGGAGAUCGAGAGCGAGCUUGUUGGAAAACAUGAUGUGGCGAUUCUCUUCCACGUGGACCACCUCGAGUCUGACCUCCUGUCCGAACCCCGGGGCAUCUUUAAAGAGCCGGAAGAGGACAACGAGGUUUACAUGCCGGCGGGUGAGGUUGAUGAUGGCAUGGGCGUCGGCGACGUGAUCCCUGAAGUGUGGGCUGAAGGCCGAAAGGUAGACGAGCCCGAGCCGGCAGCCGAGGAACAGAUCGAUGAUGUGAAGCUUUCGGUGGAGACGCCACUCAGGAAGCUAAAGGAGCUGUGCGUGAACUUUGGCCUCCCAACAAGCGGUGGCAAAGCAAAGGUUCUUAGAAGGUUGCGUGAACAUAGAGAAGACAUGGAGCGCCAAUUGGCCACUGAGGUUGCGAAGAAAGUCUUCAAUGAACGAAGCCGAGAUGCCCUACCUCUUCGUAUGCCCGCGCUCCCCUCAGCAAAGCAACAAGAGCUCCAUGCAAUCACGCACCAGCCCUUUGCACCGUGGUGCCAAGCAUGCUUGAUGGGAAGGUCGCGACAAACACCCCACGAGAGAGAAGCUGAGGGCAAGAAGGAGGAUGAAAAUCUCGGCAAGCCCCCGGUGAUCCAGAUUGACUACUGCUAUACCUUUACGCGGGGCCGUGGUGUGCGCGAUUUUGGACUCAAUCUGGUGGCAGCUGAAAGCACAACGGGCUGGGUGAUGGCUCUGCCCUUGCUGGCGAAAGGCAGCAGCACCCUUAAGAAGUCAGCCGAGGCCCUUGUCAAGAUGAGCAUGGCAAUCAAUGGGACGGAACCGAUCAUCCUCCAGGGGGACACCGAGCCAUCCAUCAAGCAGCUUCUUAAUGCAGUUGAGUCGUGCCGUCUCCGGCUCAACCUCAAGACGGAGCUCCGGCUCACACCACGUGAGUCACACGCUUCCAAUGGAGCAGCUGAGAAGGCCGUUUCCACCAUAAGGCGGCACAGCCUCACCUUGAAGGCCAGCCUCGAGGAGAACAUCAAAGCGGAGGUUUCAGGGAGAAUGCCGGUAUUUGCUUGGUUGCUGCGGCACUCGAGCUUUGUGCACAACCGGUUCUUCAUUACCAACAAAGGCCUGCCCCCCUAUGAAAUCGUGAACGGCCGCCAGUUUCGUGCAAAGAUGCUUCCAUUUGGGGAGCAGUGCAUUGCCUACUGUGGCAGCAAGCAUCGAGGUGAAGUUCAGUGGCGAAAGGGGAUCUGGGUAGGACUUAGUGAAAAGUCCGGGGCACACAUUGUGCUUACCCCAGAAGGCGGCUUUGAGACCAGAUCAGUGCGCCGGUUGCCGCGCGAGCAGCAAUGGUCAGCCGACUCGGUUGUGAAUGCCAAGGGUUUGCCCUGGGACUUGAAGGGAGCACUCAAGAGGAGAAAGCCGAUGUAUGUUCAGUCCAGGGUGCCUCUUCUCCCUGACUCGGCCACCCUUGCAGACAUAGCAAAAGCAGCUGGAGUAGCAGCAGCCGAGUCCAUUGUUGCAGCGACGACCCCAAAGCCAGGUGGAGAUGAAGCAGCCAGUGACCCUCCAAGCCCAAGCUCAAGGAGCUCCUCUACUAGCAGCCCAGCAGAGAACACAGCAAGUGCAGUAGCCCCAGCAGAGAACACAUCAGGUGCAGUAGCCCCAGCAGAGAACACAUCAGGUGCACCAGUUUCAGCCGAGGUUGGGGUCGGAGUGUCAGCGUCAGCAGCAAGUGGUCCCGAGAACAUGGUUGUUGAAAACAGUCCAGCGGAGAGUCGUACACGCGCUGUUCCAGCCGAGCAGCCCGAAGGUGCACAGCCCAAGCGCCCACGUCUUCUACUUGAUCGUCCUCAGCCAGGCUCCUCCCCGCAAGCUUCAAGCCCAGGUCCUCUCUAUCCCCCAGGAUAUGCCGGAGUGAACGAGCUGCAUGCCGACAUCUCAAUGGAAGAGCUCACCGGCUGGGAGGAAUGGGCAGAUGAAGUGACGCCAAUGCUUGAGAAUGAAGAGCACCAUGGUGAUGGCAAUUGGGGCCCAGGCGGGGAUGAUGAUAGACCGCCGGAGGCUACACAUGAAGAGCUGGAGCAGCUAGAUAUGGAAGCCGACAAGAAGGAGGUGGAAAGGUUAGUGAAAAUGGGAGUCUUGCGAGCGCCCAAGCCGGGCGAGGAUCUUUCACAACACAGCUUGCUCAGCACUCGCAUGGUGCAUGAUUGGAGACGCCGUCCUGAUUGGGUGCGGCGCGCAAGGCUCGUUGCAAGGCAGUUCAAAACUUGGGAGCCGUGGCACGCUGAGCUCUUUGCGCCAUCCUCCAACCUCAUGAUCGUGCACUCCCUCCUCUCGACAGCGCUUAGCGAGAACCUCGAGGUGUGCACCAUUGACGUGAAAGACGCAUACCUCAAUGUUCCCCAAAAGGAAAGGGUUAUUGUGGAGGUGGACGAGCGGCUUGUCGGAGGUGCUCAGCGGCGAAUGGUUCCAUACAUUUUGGAAUUCAUGUUGCCAGGGCAAAGGUGUGCAGCGUCGGAGUGGUUUCAGUUCAUGAAGGGCUUGCUGCAAGAGGGCGGCAUGGAAGGCUACAUGAAAGAGCCCACGCUGUUCCGUGCCAGCGGCCAGGACAAGACCAAGCUGGUACUCCAUGCAGAUGAUGGAAUCAUUGCCUCGACUCGUGAGGCCAGAGAGCAGCUUGUAAACCAGCUGAGCAGCAAGGUCACCGUGCAGGUCAGCGAGCCCCUCUCUUUUGAGAAUCCCCUCGAGUUCCUGAAGCGGAAGUACGUUAUGGAUGAAAAUGGGGUGAUCAUGUUCUCCUCCACCAAGUACCUUGAGGCCCUCCUCAAGUCCCUUGGGAGCAUCAAGGCCCGAGAGACACCGUGCAAUCAAAGCUUCCUCGAACCAGACACUAGCCCAACCUUGGGGCCAGAGCAGGCCAAGCUUUACCGAGAAGGAGUGGGCAGGCUUCUCUACCUGUCCCACACAAGGUGUGACAUUCAGUUUGCAGUGUGUUGCCUCGCUAGCAGCAUGGCAGCUCCCACGGUAGAGUCUCUCCGCAAGCUCAAGCAUGUGGCUGGUUACUUGAUGCGAUUGCCCAUCCUGGGCUUCAGAAUCCAUGGGAUCAGGGCAAGCGCCUGCGUGGAUUUUCCAGGAAUGGGGCCAGCCUCUCCUGGGGACAUCGUUGUCAUCGAGAGCGUGACCGAUGCUGAUUGGGCCGGGCAUAAGAAAGACCGAAGGAGCAGAUCCUCGAUUCAGCUUUACCUGGGCGGCACCCUUAUUGCCAGCCUAGUUCGGACACAAAAGAACAUUGCGCUGUCAAGUGCUGAGAGCGAGUUCUAUGCAAUGCUCCAUGGUGCGGCGGAGAUCAUUUACCUCAAGGACUGCUUUAUCUUCAUGACCAAGAAUGCCUAUCAGGUGGACGCCGUCUUGCGCACGGACUCAGCAGCAGCACGAGGGAUCUCGCAACGAAUGGGGUGCGGACGGGUCAGGCACAUAGCCUGUGGGCACCUUUGGGUGCAAGCUGCAAUUCGCGAGAAAGUCUUCAGAGCGGCCGCGAUUGCUGGAACCCGCAACCCCGCUGAUGUGGGGACGAAGCCACUCAGCAACAGCAAAUUGAAAGAACUCCUUUGCAGGGCUGGAGCUAUCGAUGAGUUCGGGAACCCCUACGGAGAAGCCGAGCGAGAGGAAGCCGAUCGCAAGAAUGAAAUCCGGAGAAUCGUCAAGAGCAGCGGCUUCACCCCGAGCCACACCAAGAACCUACUCCCGAUCCUCAUGAUCCUGUUGCAGGCCACUACCGUUGAAGGCUAUGAGGGCUUGGGCAUGGCUAUGGUGGGAUGGUUGUUCGAGGACGCCCUUGCAGAGCUCAUGGGGACCAUGGGAGCAAUUUUGAUCAUGCUUGUCAUUUUGAUGAGCUUCCUCUAUGGCAUCUACUCUUUCACCACGGAGAUGCUCAAGAGGAUUUUUAAGAAGCCGCAGAAGCAAUUUGUGGAUGCGGCAGUGCAGACAGAGGUCCGAGUGAAACGCUAUACAGCGGAAGAUGAAAAGCGAGAACGCCUAUGGGCCGACGAGUACACCCGCCGCUGCAGAGACCUCGAAGUUGCCUUGAGCCAGCGAUGCCGUGAGCAAGAACAGUGCGAGGACGCCUUAGGCCUAGUUAGGAACCAGCUGCGCCAAGCCGAGCAAGAAAUCGUCCGGCUUAGAGUUGCUGCUGGAACAAAUGAUCCAGUCUCAGCGACGCUGGACGGCAUCAUGGAAGCUUGGCCGGUGCCCGGUGCCGGUGAGGGUGGCGACUCGGAGCUUUGCAGAGGUGCACCGGGCCUGUGGCAUCCUGAAGCGAUGGCCUCGGAUCCAGCGGUCCUUAGUCGGGCAGGGAUCCCCCCGGCUGACGUGUUCGAGACGGACGUCUUCGUGCACUCGAAUCAGAUGAGACCAUAUGCCGCCGUGCUGGCACCAGGGACUCCGGUGACCUUUGCUGUGGCGUUGGGCAAGGAGAUGCAUCUGAGCCACGCCAAAUUAGAUUCGCUGGCACAGACAGCCCACAGUGCCAUCUUCUCUGGUCAUGGCGAAGCUUUGUGGGCAUCAAUGAGUGCUGGCUGCAUGGUCGGCGUGGGAGAUAUGUACCCAGGCGGCUCCUGUGGCCCGCGGGGAAACGCGCUGGUUUCAAGUGCAAAGAGAAAGUGGCAGGAUGCUGAUGCCGAGCUCGGCCACUUCAUGGGAAGGAUCAAAGCCUUCAAUGCCCAAAAAGGGUUUGGCUUCAUUGUGAGCGAGGAGCUGGCCAGCUUGGGAUAUUUGGAGGACGUCUUCUUGCUGGCCAAGGAUGCGCCCAGACCGACUUGUGAGGCUGGCCACGUCGUGGCCUUCAGGGCGUUUCUGAACGGCAGGGGCCACCCACAAGCCAAGGCAGGGACGGGGCAUGAAAAGGUUCGGGGCAUUGGGUCCAGGCUCGAGCUGCCUGUUCGGGCUUGUCCAGGACGUGGAAUUGCGAUGACUGGCAGGGUGUCUUUCAUGGAUCUUGAAAUUAAUAUCCUUGGGAGUCAGAGCUCACAAAGUGGCUUUGCAGUCUCACACUGUGCUGGUUCAUAG